AGCUGGCCGGGAGGAGGAGCAGGAGGAGGAGGAGGAUCUGCAGACCCGAGAACCUCCUGUCCCGGGGCUGACCCACACAGCUGACCAGCGUGCCCUUACCCUUGGCCUGUGAAGUCUCCUCCCCGCUACCUGGGGAGCAUCUUGACCUUGUGCCCUGACCCCAGGCCGCUCCGUGCACCCCAAGCCCAAGCCGCGGGUCCUCCGUCUCCCGCUCCCCGCGCCCCAAGCCCCAGGCUUGCUUUGCCUCGCCAUGGUGAAGCUGCUGCCCGCGCAGGAGGCCGCCAAGAUCUACCACACCAACUACGUGCGGAACUCGCGCGCCGUGGGCGUGAUGUGGGGCACGCUCACCAUCUGCUUCUCCGUGCUCGUCAUGGCUCUCUUCAUCCAGCCCUACUGGAUAGGCGACAGCGUCAACACGCCCCAGGCCGGGUACUUCGGCCUCUUCUCCUACUGCGUGGGCAACGUGCUGUCCUCGGAGCUCAUCUGCAAGGGCGGCCCUCUGGACUUCUCCUCCAUCCCUUCCAGGGCCUUCAAGACGGCCAUGUUCUUCAUAGCCUUGGCCAUGUUCCUCAUCAUCGGCUCCAUCGUCUGUUUCAGCCUGUUCUUCGUGUGCAACACGGCCACGGUCUACAAGAUCUGCGCGUGGAUGCAGCUGGCUGCGGCCACAGGCCUAAUGAUCGGCUGCCUGGUCUACCCGGAUGGUUGGGACUCGAGUGAGGUACGGCGCAUGUGUGGCGAACAGACGGGCAAGUACACGCUGGGCCACUGCACCAUCCGCUGGGCCUUCAUGCUGGCCAUCCUCAGCAUCGGAGACGCCCUCAUCCUCUCCUUCUUGGCUUUUGUGUUGGGCUACCGGCAGGACAAGCUCCUUCCUGACGACUACAAGGCGGACGGGAAAGAGGAAGUCUGAGGUCUGAGGCAGCCGAAGGAGGGGCUGGUCAUUUAUUUCCCAGGCAGUGAAAUUUAGGGAAUCUAAUUCUUCAGAGAAAACCUCGAGCUUCCUGCCCUUGGCUACUACGGACCUGAGGCCCAAAGCCUUUCAGCAUUCUGUGGUUUCCUGCUGCCCAGAGAACUGCACAUGGCCAUGCCCCAAACGGAGGACAUUCCAAGGCUGCAUGGUGUGUGCGUGGUGGUGGUGGGGGUCCUUCUGCACCGGGACCCAAGUUUUUUUCCUAGCUAGUGUUGCCCACCAGCAAACCACUUUACCCUCGGAUGGACGCUCCGAAAAAUGAAAGGACUACAUGAGUCCCUUUAGAGACCUGCCUGACAGUUUAGCUAAUGGAGACAAACAUCUGUCCAGCCAGCUGUAAAAGGGCUGCUGAACAGGAGACGGCGGGAUCCUGCCGGUAACCUCAGCUGAGGGCUAGGGGCCUCUGCAUCUCCAUCCUCACACUACUGGUCAGAGAAGGGUAAGCAAAGGACACACCAGACACAGGACCAAUCAUUCCUGAGUCCACUCUCACUUCCCUCCCCCUGGGCACCCAAAGCCUCAUCUCCUCAUGGUGCCCACACUACCAAACCAGAACUGCCUGUCAGCUUCGAAAGCCCGUCAUUUAAACAGGGCGUGGCGUCGAGCACCUUUAAUCCCAGAAUUUGGGAGGCAGAAGUAGGAGGAUUGCCUUGAGUUCUAGGCCUGCCUGAGACUAGUGAAUUCCAGGUCAGCUUGGGCUAGAAUGAGACCUUACCUAGA